GUCAUGAUCAUGAUAGCACCAUGGAAGAAGAUACUGCAUCGUCGCAUGAUGAAAACUGUGAAGAUACAACAUGUGCUGGAUGCAUGAAUGUUAUAGAAGAUGAUGAGUUCUUUUCAGCCCUUGGUCAAGAUUGGCACACAGACUGCUUCAGAUGCAGUGCCUGUGAUAUUACAUUGAACAACUGGUACUUUGAGAAAGAUGGACUCCUUUUCUGCAAAAAUGAUUAUUGGAAGAAAUAUGGAGAAUCAUGUCAAGAUUGUGGACAGAUAAUCACAGGUCCAGUCAUGGUUGCAGGGGACCACAAAUUUCAUCCAGAAUGCUUUGUGUGUGAUUCAUGUUCUGCAUUUAUCGGAGAUGGAGAAUCUUAUGCUCUUGUUGAAAGGUCUAAAUUAUACUGCGGACAAUGCUAUAAAAGACAGAUGCAGCCAUUGAAUAAAUCUUCCUCUUUCACCAAGAAACCUCAUAGUAUACAACUGAUUGAAUUACCUGCUAAGUCAGCUAACCAACGUAGGAUCAAGUUAAGUGUCGACUCUAGAAAGGGCUUCCCGUUGGCUGGCUUAAGUAAUUGCAGAGGCUUACGUAUUGCAGAUGUUCCAUCUCUCAAGGAAAGAUUGCAGCAGAUUUUUGACGAUGUUCCGACUUACGACGAUCUUUGGCUUACGACGCGUCCCAAGAACGGAGCCCCCAUCGUAACCCGGGGACUGCCUGAAUUUAGAAGAUUGGAUUCGGCUGUUGAUUUGAUGUCACUGCAUGUAGGUGACCGAAUUUUAGAAGUAAAUGGAAGACCAGUUGAAGACCAUUGCAUAGAAGACAUUGAAACGCUUAUUGCUUGCUCUGAUGAUGUUUUGCAGCUAACAAUUGAGCAUGAUCCAGAGCAAGUAUCAUCCAGAAGACAAAGUUUCCCAUUUGUGUCGUCCAUCCGUAGUACGUUACCAUUGCGAGAGCAGCAAGAAAAAGAAGGUAUGCGGGAGAGGCUUUUUAAGAGAAGAGAUGAAGGUUAUGUAUCAGGCACCCAGCGUAGUCGACAGCUGAGAAGAGGGAGGGGUUGCAAAGAAAGAGCAUCGUCACUACCAAAGCUAUUAGAUGGUGACUGUUCCAGAGAAUGUGGUUACUAUGAUCUUAGUAGAACUAAGUCAUUCCGAGUAGAACCAAAGAAUCAUCGGAUAUUCCGCGCAUCAGAUCUCACUCAGGGAGAACUUCUUGGUAAAGGUUUCUUUGGACAGGUUUAUAAGAUGACACAUUCAGAGACUGGUGAAAUCAUGGUGUUGAAAGAAUUAUACAGAGUAGAUGAACAGGCUCAAAAGAACUUUCUUAAAGAGGUUGCAGUCCUAAGAAGUCUAAGUCAUAAGAAUGUAUUACGCUUUAUAGGUGUGUUAUAUAAGGACCGUAAGCUUCAUCUCCUCACAGAAUAUAUUGGUGGAGGUACUCUCAAAGAAAUUAUACAUGAUAUGGAAAAGACCUUGCCUUGGGAUCAGCGAAUUAGCUUCGCAAAAGACAUUUCCUCAGGGAUGGCGUACCUGCAUAGUUGUGAUAUUAUUCAUAGGGAUCUCAAUUCACAUAACUGCCUAGUCAGAGAGGAUAAGACUGUGGUUGUUGCUGAUUUUGGAUUAGCAAGAAUAAUGCCACAAAAUAAUUGGACAGCGGAAAGAAAAAAAUUUGGUAAACGACAUGCGAGGAAAAAAAGGUAUACUGUUGUGGGUAACCCAUAUUGGAUGGCACCAGAAAUGAUGAAAGGAAACAAGUAUGAUGAGAAAGUGGACAUAUUCAGCUUUGGUAUUAUUUUAUGCGAGAUUAUUGGAAGAGUUGAGGCUGAUCCUGAUUACAUGCCACGAUCCAUGGAUUUUGGUCUGAAUGAAGCAGUAUUUCAAGCGAAGUAUUGUGAAGAUUGUCCAGAACCAUUUUAUAAAAUAGCAUUUCUUUGCUGUGGUAUCAAUCCAGAUACAAGACCAGCAUUUGAAAUUCUUGAAGUGUGGCUUGAAAGUUUGGCUCUGCAUUUUACUGUUGGUGUUCCUCUUCCAUCGAACUUAAUUGUUGACAUUUACAACUUUAAUGGUCGAAGCCCCAGUUCAUCAGAAGUCUCAACACCUGAGGAUAUAUCUGCAGAUUGCAGGCAUCCACCUCCUCUUUUACGAACUAUUAGUGAAGGGACGUACCACACCAGUGGAAGUCACAGUAGGAAUUCUUCCACAUCACAGGCUUUCCAUGAUGAUAGCUUUGAUUCUCUUGAGAUAGCAGUAAAGGAAACAAGUUUUGAUCUUGGAGAAAGCCUUAAUUCGGAAAGAACUUCCCCAGCCCCCUGUUGGUCAUCAGCAGGGACAGCUGUUAAUGCAAAAAGCAGUUCUGUGAUAAACUCGAGCGUAGAAGCAAAAGAGAAAAUAAGUCCAGUUCCUUUAAGUAUUCCUUCCCCUAAGCUAUCCAAGUCUCAAGCGAGCAGCUCUCUUGAGUUCAUGGAAUGCACGCAACUAUGAUAGUCUGUACUGUAUUAUAUGUAAGUAUAUGUACUGUUGAAAAUUACUUUACUGGUAUUAUUAUUAAUGUGAUAAUACCCAAGUUAGAUUGUUUUUAAAGUAUUAAUAACUAUAACGUUGGUACAAAUUUAACUUACAGCAUUCCUUUAAUAGUGAUGUUAGAAUCUUUAUAGAUAAUAUAGUGAAAUUCAGAGAGAAAAAUAGAGAACUAUGGUAAGGCCACCCAUUUUUUGUUUGUUUCGUGUAGCAUUGACUUUCAUUAACGUCAUUAUUCACUAUUUGUCAGUAACUGUUAAUCAUUUCCUAUCACUGCUCACAUUUUGUAAAUCCAUGACUUUACUCUUGAUCAAAUAUUUAAUACAUAAAAAAAGGAAAAGUCAAGCAACUUAGUUUUGCAAGAUUCCUCUUAUUGUUACCUGCUGCUGAAGUUUUCAUCAUCGUAUGUUUUGAGUUCUGGUCGUCUUGAUCUUGUUUAUCACUGUUGAAUAAUUGUAGAUAGUUUUGUUAUUUUGCUUUCUUUUGUUAUUAGCCGAUUUCAUAUUUUCUUGAGGCUUGUUAUUGUAUGUUUGAUAGACAGUAGAUUACAUAAUAUUGUAAUUCUAAGCACUGUGUAACCUGCUGCUGAAUUUGUAUCCAGACAUCAAGUUUGGACCUUUUAACUAAUUUUGCUUUUUUAGAUGAAAAUUUUACUUGUUGAACAGUGUUUAGAUCUCUUUGAUCUUCAUCACUCACACUCUUUAUAGUGAGGACACUUGUCCAUAGCUGGAGAAAGUGAAAGCACAUUAAUAUUGUGUAAUUUGUUUUGUAGAAAAUAUCUUCAGCUUAGGCUUCAUUUUCAGGCUCAAGCUCAUCUAAGUCAGUUUGCUCACCUUAUUGAAAGAAAAGAAUGAUGAAGGAGAAUAGCCUUCAGUCUAUGGAUGUUCUUUGUAGUACCUCUUGGUGUAAGUUUGCCAGCAAUGCAAAAUCUUUUACAUCUUACAUGGGGCUCAUCAUCCAAGAUCAUUUCUAGCCUUAGUCUUGAAAUUAUGUGCCUUUUACUGCCACUUAUGCCUCCUCAUUGUUUUGAACUUUUGGGUAAGAGAGCCGUGAUUAAAAAGUUCUUUAAGCAGUGGUUAACUUUCCAUGCUCUAACAAUAUGUUGUGUGCGCCUGGUUUUGAUUGAUAUUUAAUCUGUUGAUUUUCCUUUGACAUUGUUUUAUUUUAUUUCUCUUUGGGUUCCUAACUGGUAGUGAGUGUGCUUGUGAAAAAUAUAUGUAUUUGUUUUUAGGGAAGGUUGUGGCUCUUAUUUUAAGGUAAGUGUUCUUUUAUGUGGUUAAAUGAUGAAAUAACAUUUGUUUAUAGACAAAUACAGAACAUAGUUCAUAAUCUGUUGAAUGAUGAAAUAACAUUUGUUUAUAGAUAAGUACAGAACAUAGUUCAUAAUCUGUUAGCCAACAUUGUUUGUAGUAUGGCCUGAAAGAGUUACUAGGAAAGAGUACUGGGUGUGUGAUUAACUAAGUGCUAAAACACUUGAUGUGCAUAUAGGAGGAGUAAAUGUUGUGUGAAAAAAUAAACUUUUCAAACAUAGCAAGUGAGGAAGCACCUUUUGAGAAAGCUUAAAUUUAAAGACCUUUGUUUGGAUAAUAAUGUUGCUGUUCCUCAUUGAAUGUAGGGCAUUGUCUGUGCUACAUUUUUUCUUAAUGAUGUGUGUUUUAAACAUGUGUGUUUUAAACUUGUGUUAUGAUUUUUCUCAAAAGUUGACUACCAUUGGCUUGUGCAUUUUCAGUCCAUUUGCCUAAUUGAUUUUUUUCAUGAAACUUGGAAAUCCUUGGGCUGCUCUGAAUUUUUUGCAUGCGUUUUUAUCUCGCAGCCUUCCUGUCUCUUGUCUCUCAGAUAUGAGACUCCAUUCUAAAUCCUUAACAAGGAGUUGUGUUAGUGCUUAUAAUUUGUGCACCAAAUGUAACCAUCUUUUAAUUUUUUCAUUAGAUCUGAGUUAAUUCCCUUACACCUACAUAAAAAAGUGAAGUGCUACGAAAUGUAGUGUUCUUAAUAUGCUGGCUUUAUUGAUAAAUGUGACAUAAGUUGUAUUUCUUACUCCACAAUUUUACUUUGCAGUGGAUAUCUUUGCCUAAGGACAAAAUAACAUUACACAAUCCAUGGUUCUGGCUUUGACAUCUUUGUGAAGUCAGUUAUUUAGAAUACAACUUUCUCUUUACUCCUUAGAGGAGAUAGAGGAACUGCAGACUAGGAUAAACUCAGUUAUGCUUAUUGAUGCGCCUAGACUGUUGGGAACGAAGAACACUAUUCCUUUCUUAAUGAUACAGAGUGCAUACAGUUGAGAAUUUUAUUUCCUGUUGGAUAAGUAUUCUUUUCUACUUAAGUUCAGAGGAUAAAAACUCGUGAAGUUUCGUUAUUAUAUAGCAUGAAGAUAACACUGUUUGCUUUUGAAUGCAUGUGCCCCUGACUUCCUUCAUUCCCUUUACAUGCCAUUUUUACUGUUACCCAUUUUAUUAUAGAAUAGUUAACUUGGCCAGUAAUUGACAUUUUUAGAACUGUAGACCUGAAGUGGAGGACUCCUUGAAUUCGAUGGAAAUUGGGGCAAGAUAUUGGAGUUGGAGACUAAGAGUAGCAUAACAAAUAAGACAGAAAGCGAAGAUCCUUCAGUCCUGCCUAUAGUUUUCUGUUUAUAUACGUUUAAAAAUGCAUGUUAAUAUGCUAACCUAACAGACCUCAUAGUCUAGCAUAUGGUACCUUAAACAUGCUUAGAACACUUACAGUAACCCACAUUUGGGUAACAUUCUUUAACAUUCUUUUGCAAUAUUGUUCGAAUAGGAUUUAAAUAGGUAGUACCUGUUUUAUCUUUUAAAGGUAACCUUUAAAUGAAGCCUUAAAGUACAUAGUAAUUUUUAGGUGGAUAUUUCAGCCUAUAGUUAAUGGCAUGUUAGGUGAAUGUGAAGUGGCAAGACAGAGAGUGUCUUAGAAGUUCCUUGCCUGAAAUUAAAUUUUUGUACAAAAGAAGCUUUUGCACAGGAAUGAAGUGUAUUUUCCCCAGAAUAUGUUUUACAUAAGCUAAUUUUUUUUUUUGCUAGAUUGCUCAAUAAGUAAAUGAUAUGUCAACCCAUUUUAGUAAUGAAUAAAUGGUAUAUGAUGAUAGAUAAGAUAUCAACAUUAUGGGGAUACAAAGUUCUCCUCAGCAAAUACUUUAUCAGGUUAGUUUGACUGAUAAUUUAUAGGGUAUCAGUACAUCCAGAGAGUGAUCCAUGACACUUUUAUGUGAAAUGUUCAUUGCUUGAGUUUUUACUCUUGCUGUUCCAGUUUAUUUGUGGAGGUUUCAGGUCAGCCCUAAUGUCACCUGACAGUUAUUUGAGUCAAGGCCCUAGCAAAGAAACUUAUAAAGAUGUUAGUUUAUUAUGUUAAUUUUUCUAUUGAUGCAGUUUUUUAUCAUUACUUGGUACUCAUUACUACUGUUUAACUUUUGCAAAUAUAAAGGUUAUUCAUUUCAUAUAGAAAUGAUGCUUAACCAACUUCUUUCCAUUCUUUGAAAUUUAUCUUUUGCUUUCUCAUUUGUGCACUCCAUCCAAACUGGGUGAAACAUAUGAUGAAUUCUUCACACUGCCUUAUUGUUUUUGCAUCUUCUAACUGCAGUGAAACAUCAUUAGUAAUCCUUAAUUUUUUAUGAACAUGGACAUUAGUUGCCAGCAUAAGCUGCUAUAUAAAAGCAGUAUGUGGUUUUACUUACAGUAGAUAUUAGUUCAAAUAGUAUAUCUACAUCUUUUGCCCUGAAAUGAUAUCCACAGAUUUUUCUGUGAAUCUAUCUUGAAUUGUAUCUGUAAAAGUUAUGUAGCCAUUGUGGACAGUUAUUUUUCUAAUAAUUAUUAAAUGCUCAAGUUGUGCAGGAAAAUUGUAGUGCUGCCCAUCUGCACUAAAUAAAGAUAUGGAGUUUACAAAAUAUUGAAUUCCAAUGAAGUUGACACUUCAGACUGUUUAACUGGAAGGCCGAGUUUAUUUGAGGAAGAGGAAAUUUCAAGAAAAGUAGUAAUGGUUUCCCAAUUCAAGAUGAAUUUGACGAUCUGUUCAGGACUGGUACCAUUUCAAGGUAUGUUGUGACCAAAAGUUUUUGACUGAACUGACAUUAUUUUAUACACUUAGUAAAUUGCAUCAUGGCAGUUUUACCUUGUUUAUAUUAUAGCAAAUAGCAACUACAAGCAUCCUGUAAACCUUAUCAUUCAAGCACACCCCUCUAACAUGAAAGCAUGUUCUUUAAGCAAUUAAGAUCUUGCCACAUAAUUUCAGAAUGCACAAUUUAGAGAGUUUGCAAAUGUACACUAGAAAAUUUUCAUUUGAAAAGUUAUUGAAAAAAUAACUUGGUGUACUGUUGUAUGAUGCAUGUCAGCAGUUAAGAGAUGACAAAAUUCAAGUAGUAUAAAAUAGGACAGAUAGUUUUCAUCUCUCAAAAAGCUAUGAGGAGGGAGCCCAGAUAAGAGAUUCUUUUAGUCUUGACCAGUAAAGUAAUCAGAGAAUGUCAUAAAGCAUGAAGCAAACAGUAUCUGAGAAAAUAUAUGCAUAUAUAAUAUAUUUUUUCAAUACUACCCUAUCUAUACUUACUGUCAAUUCGUUUUUAUUAAUUUCGUUUUGAGAAGGCAAAAUAUAUAUUGCUUUCCAAAGAAACAUAACAUACAAAACUUGACAGGCCUAGCAAGUAGUUUAUGUAUAAAACAUUUUUUGACAAUAUUGACUAAAAGUCAUCUUGUUUCACAUUGAGUUAUAAAGAAGAUUAAUGUGUGCCUCCUUAGAGUGCCCCGAAUAGGAAUUAUAACUUAUUUCUUUUAGUAAAAAUCAAGUCCCAUUAUAUUUUGAAAAAGUUCCUGUCUUCAUAUGAAAUACCUGAUUUAAUGCUUACUUAGUAUCUUUGCUAAGGAAAAUUGCCUUAUAGCCUGCACUAAUUUGCAAGCUCAGCACAAUUGAGCUCCAGCAGGACGUGUAACUUUGAUUUUUGGUAGCAAGGUAUGACAAAGGUCAGUCAUCAUUCUUUUGGUGUUCUAACACAGCUUUUGUCUGUAAUGACGAUUCAAACCUUUUCCCUGUUUGGGAACUUUCAGAGGAAGGUGCUACCUCUAGACGAGUCAAUUCUUUAGCAGAAUUUAAGCAUAAGUUGUAAGGCAUUUUGUGAUUGUGAGCCAUGAAUAAUGCCUCUCUCAGGGGUGUCAUUUUGUUAAAAACGGUAUGAGAUGAUGAAAGUGCUUUUGCUUUUCACCUGACUGCAUUGCAAAGUUGCAUGUUGUAGAAAGAAGAAAAAGCAUUUCUGCAUAAGUUACUAACUUGGUCCAUGAUAAGAUUAAAAGGGUGCAGCUAUGCUUAAAAUCAAGCGCUUACACAUUACCUGAGAAAGUCAAGAGACUUUUCCUAAUUAUAUUCCUUUAAACUUCUUUAUUAUUCUGUUAUAAUAUUUUUUGAAAGGUCUUUUGUAUGGUUAAACAUUUGAGUGUUUCUAACAAUCCCAUGAUAUAAACAUUUUUGGCUUGCUUUUUCAGUUGCUAUGUCUAUAAAGUAUUAAUUGGUUUGAAGAACAGUUAUUUACUAGUCAUGGAUAGUGUAAUUGAGAAGAAAUGUGCAUAACAUAUUAAUCAGUAGUGAGUAAAACAUGUAGUAGAAAAAAUGGUAUUCCUCUAGCAUAAUUUUAUGACUAAAACUGGCUGGGCAUACAUAAACAGUGCGUUACUUAAAUGUUCUCAUUUUAGAUGUAAAAUGAAGUUAUGACAAUAGACUAUACUUUUACAACUUUAGAUGAAAUUAAGAAAUGAAAGCUUUAGAGUUAGUUACUUAGAGCAAGGCAUAAAAAAAUCUAUGGCAACCAAGGAUAUAUUGAAAAUGUAUGUAUUUGCAUGGAAAUUAAUUUUUUUGUGCAACAUUACUAAAGGUAUAGUAUAUUUUUCAUAAUUUUAGAUUUCAUGCAUACUUUUUGAGAACUAGAAAGCAUCUAAAUUUGAGUUGUGUUGCUUUGGCUUAUGGGUCAUAUUUUGUUUUAUUUAAAGUUCUAAUAACUUUUGGAGGACACCAGCUCAGAAGCAAAGAAGGGAAAGGAAAUGCAACAGCCACACUAUUUCGUGAUCAGUUAAGACCUUGGCAGAACUAUUCCCCAGAUCUUGUGAAGUCAUUGAAGUGGCCAUGGUCAAUUUUCCCAUUUUGUUUAAAUGGAGGUAUAAUCUGCAUUAGGGUACAAAAUACAAAUACAUACUAGUGACUAACUUGCAAGGCAGUUUUCCCUAGUCAGAUUUAGGAAAUUUGACAUUCUUGACAUAUUCUGUAGUGGAAAGUGGGUUUAGUUUUAUUAACAGAGACUGUCGUACUAUUCUCUAAGAUGGUAUGCUGCCAUAAAAACAAGCCGUGGAAUUAUUGUUGUAGGCUCUGAUGAUUUCUUCAUGGCCUUUCUUAAGCCAGAAAUAUUUUAUCAGCAUUCUGUUAGUGGCACAAAGCCUACAUCUCCCUCUAUUUUUACACAAGAGUUUUAAUGUACAAUUAUGGUUGACAGAACAUAUAUAUACGUAGGCUCUCUAAUGAAAAAGAAUCUGCACAUUCAGGUAGAGUUGUGAACAAAGCUAUUUUUUUAAGUGACCAGGUUUCUGUAUACUAGUAAAUGGUUUGUUUUAAUUUUACUCCAAUUUUUCUUAUCGGUAAUUUGUUUCUUUACAAAUACAUAUAUCUUGAUUUUUCAGUGCAUUAUUGGAAUGGACAUUGAGAGAAACUUAUAAGGGAUUAUGAAAUUAAAUGUUGUCUGUGAAUUGUGUUUGAAUUGUCUUUUUCAGUAAGUUUUCUGAAAUAGUAAGUAGUAAAUGUGCAUGACCUGCUACAACUACCCAUUUAUGUUUUAAUGAAGGUGUAUUUAUUGUUUGUUCGUCUUAGACUGAUAUGGUUUGACUUGUUGAGUAUGCUCUGGUGUUUGUCCAAGUACUGAUAAUUAAUUAAACUUAAUUUGUAUAUUGAGAAACUAGCAUAUAUGUAGAAGAUGGGUGGUCCUUCUUAUUGCGUAUUGUAUUGUAAUACAUAUAGAAAUGUUUUAUGAUAUAAUUGACAUCAAAAGUAUGAUGUAAGUAGAUUACAUUUAAUGUAAGAGUUUCACCAUGUCAGAGAAGCUCUUUUCAUGAUGGUUUAAUCUAUAGUCAUAAAUAUUUAUAUAUGUAUAAGCGAAGUAUAAGGAAAUUACUGUAUAGCAUUUAUUGAUAUUUCAUUUUGAUCACUAAUAUAUUUGAAUAGUUUCAGUUUGAUGUAUUAUAUAUUUGAAAUUAUAUUUAGAAAUACAGUAUACUAUAUAGAGAUAUAUCUAAAGGCUGGUUUUCUGGGAAUGCUACCAGAUUUCUUGUUUGCUCAUGAAAGUGGCUGUAGAGCAGGAUUGCGUAGAGAAAUUGCCUCUAAGGCAGCAUAAGAGUGCUUCUGUCAAAGCCAACAUUUUAAGCAUCGUAUAGGAUUUUAGACAUGAAGACUACUACUUCAUGUUUCCAUCUCUUUAGAUCAUGACAUUUAAAGUGUAUAAUGUAAUGCCUGUUACACAAUCUGCAAAAUGAUAUAGUAUGUAUAACUCAAGUUCUGUAAGCAUUUGAAUGGGAUUGCUUAGUGGUUCCCAUGUAUUAUGAUGCGUUCAAAGCAGAAUUGGCUCUAUAUUAUAAUAUGUACAGCUUAACAUCGUUGUCUUGCCAGCUGAUAAUGCGAAUGCCUUUCAGGAUUUUUUUACUAAUAUAUCCCAGAUCACUUUUGUGGUCAUUCUUGUCUGACCCAGAAGAUCUUUAUCUUGUCUAUAUGCAAUAAAUAAUGUGAAGUGGCCAUAAACUAACUAGAUUUGAAAGUUACAAUAUAAUAAAGGAGCUGUUUACUUUCAGAUAAUAAUGUACGUAUUUGGUUAUGAUGAUUUUAUGGUAACCGAAACAAAAAUAACUGUCUGUGUGUAGAUUGUGUAGAUAGAUGUUUAUAUGGUGAAAUAAUUAUGUAAGAGAGAGUUAAAAAGUACUUCCAUAUGAAUUGUUGCAUUUUGUAUGUGUGAUUUUACAUUUUAGAUUUAGCAAAUAUGGAAUCUAUUUGAAGACUGUUGUUGAUUGUAAAUAGACAGAUGUGUAUAGUUAUAAUUUUAAUCAAAAUCCACGAAAACCUUUCAAUAUGUGCCUCAGUAUUUUCUCAUUGUGCCAAUAAUCUGUGGAUCUUGGCUCAGCUCUUAUUUCAACAAAGGAUGAUAGUACUGUAUUUUGUUUAGUAGUUCCAGAACUUGCAAAUUGGUCUCAUAUACGUAGAUGUUAAAAGGUUCAUCUUUUGUAUAUUGGUGUAUAGAUAUUUGAUUAGGACAAUCUCAUUAUUUUGGUAUUCAUUGCAUUCAGAACUCACUGGUUUUAAAUCUUUUACAAUA